AAUUUCAUUUCUUUUUAACAAACAAUGGAAUCAAAUACACCAAUUGUACCAAAGAGACCCAACAAAAGUGCUUUGAUUGAAUCAAAUUCCUUGGAGGAAUAUGUGGAAUCUGAUACGUUAGUUUCUAUUGAAGGAUCUAGCAAAGAUUCCGAGUCACCAUCCACUCCGAGAGUUCCCAAGAGGCCCAUCAAACCGGAUCCUAUCAAUGCUGACUCGGCAAAUUCAUUUCCCCUAGUCUCACAGAGGUCUACGUCUCAUGAAGAAGGGCAAUUGAACUCGGUAGCGAAUGCUGAAGGCGAUGUCAAUGAGAUUGAAGAGGUUGAUAAUGAUGAUAAUGAUGGUGAUGGAGAUAAGACGCCUGGCAAUUCCAACACUAAGAUCAGCUUUAAGGAUGAUAUGCCCUCUGAUGUUGACAAUUUAGUAGGCACUGAUACGUCAAGCUUUGAUGAUGAUCAAGAGACUGUUCUGCAAGAGAAAGAAGAACAGCUUGAACUGAACGAAAGUCAUGCCCCAGAAAACAUGACUAAAGAGUCUAUCAUUGCUUCGAACGUCAUGCCUAUAAUUCCAAAGCGACCUGCUAAAUUUGCUUUACCUGCUCUUGACGAUUCCUUGAGUGCUAAAGAAAGUUCCAAAGAAACUGAUGGGGAUAUAAUGCCAAUUAUCCCGAUAAGACCAAUGAAAAAGAAAGAGAACCAGACUGAUUCUAAAGAAGUUCAAUCCCUUGCAUCUUCGGGCCAUAUCAGCAUAGAUGAUAGCUCUUCAAAUGUAAGUGUAGAAACGCUGAAAGAUUCCAAAUCCCUUGAAACACCCCUAGACCACCCUCCUGAAGAUGAAAACCAUGAAGCAGCGAAUGAACAACCCAUAUCUAAAGCAAGUUCUGAAACAAAAGAGGUAGUUACAGCCGCUGACUCUGUCCAUUUGGUGCAAGUCAAACCUAUUAUCCCUGUACGACCAAAACCGAAGGUAAAAUCAUCUUCAGACGCGACCUCAGUGGUUUCGUCUUCAUCAGAAGGUCCAAUAAAUGAGAGAAAGGCUCCUCCCCCAAAGCCAAAAAAAUUAUCAUCCAAGAUAGCUGCAUUUCAGGAAAUGCUCAAUAAAGCGCCUUCAAUUGGAGCCCUUGAUUCCAAUUCGGGCUCCGUUUCUCGUGGACAGUUGUCUAAUUCACAUAUAAAGUUCGCCCAGAACUUACAAGGAAUUGUUGGGAAAGGAUUUGCGUUGCCAGGGAUGGUAGAUCCCAGCAAGGACACACUCCCUAUUGACCACCAGCGAGACACUAUUGAAGCUAAGAUACUAGAAGACCCUCAUGAGGUAAAUGAGUAUGGAUCUGAAGCUCAGAAGGUUUCAACCAGAAGAGCCAAAGGCCCUAGGGGAAAGAAAUUGCCUAAAAUCUUAUCUACACCUUUGAGUAUACGGCUGGAAUCUAAGUUUAAGAUAGUCGAGCAUAACUUGUGGUCUGUUGAACUUAAAAGGAUUACCCCUGUCGAAACUCUUCGUGUAUCCAAAGCCUCUAGCUUGCUGAUGGUUACAGAAAUAAAUGAAAGGACCUUAGAAUCUCAAAAUUCUUCAAGCGAAGUGAAUGUCCCCAAUGAAAAACUCAACGAACCACAUGAAAUUGCUAAAGAAGUUCAUGAGUCAAGCAAAAAGUCUGAAAAGGAUGCAAUCAUAACUGAUAGGAUUCCUGAAUCUGAUGAAGUAGAAACAGAAGGAGCACAUUUAUGUUUAUUGCACUCGAAAAGUCCCCAUGAGAAAGAAACGGAAGAGGUUCUAGGUGCACCAGAAGAGCUCAAGCAAGAUUAUCCCACUUGCAAAGAGAAUUUGAUAAGCAAUGAAGAGAAAGAAACCUCGGUUUCUGCUAAUAGUAUCACAGAAAAAUUUUCUGAAUAGCUUUUCACCUUUUAUCUUCUAUAUUUGAAUCCCACUUGGUAAUUCACCUCUAAUUAUAUUGUGUAAGUCU